CAUAAACCGUUUGCCUAGCGGACGAAUAGCCAGUACGUUCAUCGACUUUCCGCGGGGACGUGCAGCGUAGACGAAUUACCCCUCACAUCCCGUCAUCUCUCAGUUUGCGCAGCAGGACGAGAUGCCGGUGAAGAUCGUUUGGCCCGCGGUGGCGGCGACGGUCGCCCCCAACAUCGGCUGUUUCAUCGUCGGCUAUUUCAUAAAGGGAAACAUCCGCUGGUACGAGUCCCUGAAGAAGCCGUCCUGGACGCCGCCGACCUGGUUGUUCGGGCCCGUGUGGAUCGUCCUCUACUCUACGUUAGGCUACUCGUCGUACAUGGUGUGGCGGGACGGGGGCGGUUUCGAAGGGGCAAGUCUGCCGCUCACCACCUACGCCCUCAAUAUCGUCCUCAACUGGUCGUGGGUGCCGCUGAUGUUCGGUACUCGACACAUCAAAUGGGCUCUCUACGAGUACGCGGCGUUAUGCACCAACACGGCGGCGCUCCUGAUCACGUUCCACGAUGUAAACCCCAUCGCCGGCUACCUCAAUAUUCCUUACAUGUGCUGGAACAUCUUCGCCAUGACGCUCAAUUACUUCAUCUAUCGGGACAACAAACAGAUCCCCGCCGACGAGGAAGUCGCGGCGGAGAAGGUCAAGGAGGUCGCGUUUUCGUAGACAGAUAGACCGAGGGAGAACGGGGAGAGACGGGGCUUUUCCUAGUUCGCGCCGGAAGAGGCGUACCUCACUAGCUUAAUGCUAAUUGAUGGGCCAACGAACGUAACACAGUCGGAAAAUUAUUUCAAAAAAAAGGACAAGGAAUCCAACAAGAAUAUGUGUACAUAUAAAACACUCACGACAAUGGAUAAGAAUGUCUGAUCACCGUGAGACGUGAAAGUCGAACUUCUUCGAAGACAUUCCCUACGAGAAUAAUUUCUCAAUUGGACAUUUCCUCUCUAUUUUCGUGAAUAAUAUUACCUCGCGCGAAUUCACGACUUCGAGGGAAAGAGAAAGAGAGAGGGGGGAGGGGAGAGAAAGGGUGAAAUUAUGGUGGUUGAGAAGUCGUUUGGAGACUCGCGAGAAACGGACGAUCGAACGCCCAUCGUCAAUUACGUUACUUUUGUACAAUUAACGUUACUUGUUCGCACCAGCGCAGCGCAGCCGAGAGCGACGAGACAAGUGCCUUUGCAUUGAAUGCACAACACCGUAUAGUAUACACAUGUUUAUUGAUCGAUACGAAAUAAAGGUUAGUUAAUUCGA